AUUUGUCAGUGAAAUGACCCAUUUUGUGAGUCAUUUGUCAUUGCACAUUUUUUUUUUUACAUGUUCUGCACUCGGCCUCACUCUCUCCCGCUCAGAAGGGCCUGUCAGUUAUGUAAUUGUCUUUUGCGAUUUGGAGAAAACAUCUCAGCCACUUAUCGAUUGCAUAACGCAAUCAAUGAUUGAAUGACGGUACUCGAGCAGAUUCAGUCUGAUAAAACGGAUAUUUCCAAUUGGUCGGUCCCAAGCAAGUAAAUGAUUGGAUUUGCCAGAAAGGAAGUCCUCGCAAAAAUGAGGUCAUGUCACUCCCCGCUCGGAAGGACCGCAUCCGCGCAAGGCAACGUGGAUGAGCAAAGAAGGUUGGAGUCAGACGACAGUUGAGAAAAUGUUUUCCAGGAAGUCAGUGAGCCACUGAGUUCUCUAAUUAUGGAUUUCAGCAGCGGCUGGGGUGAGGGGGGGUGCACGAGGUUAAGGAACCUGUCGGGACUGUCCAAAAGGCAAACAAGCCUGCUAGCCUUGAGUAAAGUCCAAUGGGGAUCACACACAGACCCAAUCGAGGGGACAGAGCUGCACGGCGUUCUGACAGACCACUUUAAAAAAAAAAAAAAAAGACCCCAGAGCGCAUUCUUCUCGGGGGGUGGAAAAUAAAAAGUCUGGUGUCAUGGAUCUGGUCCACAGCUGGGGGGUUGAGCUGGCGGUGCACCUCCAGACCAAAUACAAGGACUACGAGGACCUGUUCAGUCUUGCUUCUGUCGUGGCUGAUCUGCACACCACCUUCUUCUUUUUCUUCCCCAUCUGGUUCCAUCUGCGGCGGGACGCAGGCCUGCGGCUCAUCUGGGUGGCCGUCGUGGGGGAUUGGAUCAAUCUGGUCCUAAAAUGGGUUCUUUUUGGAGAGAGACCCUAUUGGUGGGUUCAUGAGACCCACUUCUAUGGGGCCAAAGAGGCCCCUUCGCUGCAGCAGUUUGCCAUCACAUGUGAAACCGGACCAGGAAGUCCCUCCGGUCAUGCCAUGGGUGCCGCAGGGGUCUGGUAUGUGAUGGUGACGGCCGUACUCCAAAUGGCGGCGGAGAAACGAUCUGUUGGCACUCCCGCUGUCCUUUCUGGCAGACUCCUGCGUUUGGUUCUGUGGGUGCUCAUGGGCCUGGUGUUGCUGGGAGUGUGCAUGUCCAGGGUCUACAUGGCGGCCCACUUCCCGCACCAGGUCCUUGCCGGGCUCGUCACAGGCGUGAUGGUGGCUGAAGUCAUGUCAAAGGUGAAAUGGAUCCAUGGUGCCAGCUUCGGGACGUACGCCUUCACCACCCUCCUCUUGACGUCCUUCGCCGUUGGCUUCUACCUGCUGCUUAAGAUUCUGGGCGUGGACCUUCUGUGGACCCUGGAGAAAGCCCAGAGGUGGUGCGCCAGGGCCGAAUGGGUGCACAUGGACAGCACGCCGUUCGCUAGCCUCCUACGGAACAUGGGCAGCCUUUUUGGUCUGGGCCUGGGCCUGCACUCAUCGCCCGCGCGUGGCACCUCCGCCGCUUUCAAGGCGUGGUGCGUUGUCACCUCUCAGGGACUACUUGGGCUCUUAGACUCGUGGACGUUUUCCUCGGAAAACCUGGUGCUUUUCUACUGCUUGUCCUUCGGUAAGAGUGCAGUCGCACUUUUAAUCCCAACCGCGUUAGCCCCACGGGCGCUCUGCUGGAUGAGCACAAGAGGCGCAGGCGGCAAGAACUUGUGAUCGGCGGAAUUCAUUUUUUGGUGCUGAAUUGUGACUUGCAUGGAACUUUUGGGCAAUGCUAGUGUGCUAGCAUGGAAACAAAAUCUAGUCUUGUGUUUUGUUUUUUUGCUAAGAGUUAUUGUAUGUGUAUUGCGCCUGUCUGCACAUGCCGGAUCCACGACGCUAGUUUUUGAUUUUAAAUGAAAGGCAGAGACGAGCUAGGUGUUAGCUAAGUGGCUAAAUGCUGAACUCUGUUCUCUGCCGCCUGGCUUCAGCUUCAUACAGCACUCAUUUCAUCAUGUAUCCAUUCCUUAAAUAUACUCGGAUAAACUCAAACCAGCCUCCUUCGCUGUCAAGUUACCGACAUAACUACCGACUUAAGCUUCCGCUCAUCCAUUUGUAUUCGCGGUCUGAUUCUUGAAAUGUAUGGAGAACAUCUCCAAAAUAUUCGCUGUGCUUGUUCUAUUUUUUUGCUGUGCAGCUGUACGCUUUUUUUAGCUUGCCAGUCAAUGUUUGGAUGAAAAAAAAAAAAAUUAGUCAUUAGCUUUCCAAUGAAAGCUUCCAGUAAUAGCCCAAUGUUUUUUUUCCAUGAGACGCCUUGCACAGAUACUGAUUAAUUGAGUGCAUUAAACAUUAACCCGAGCACGCAUUGCACACUCGGCUGGCCCACAUAGUGACGCUCCGUCCAACACACACGCCACGCGAUCAAGGAGCACAAUUGGUCUUGAGGAGCGACAUGCGUGCCGCACUCAGUGUACGAAAAGUAUCAAGGAGUCCGGCUUUUACAAAUUCAUACUUUCAUUGUUGAACCAUUCGCUUCUCGGCAUUCACAAACUUUUUUUUUUUGCAGUUAAGAAGUAACAACUAUUUGCUGACAAAUUUAUCGGUUUACGCUUUCUGUAAGAUGCCUUAAAAAUGUGCUACGUUAGCUACAUGUUAGCUUAAGAGUAGCUAGUGUUAUAUAAUGAGAGUAAUAGGAGAGUAUCUCUCACUCAGUCAGAAAUAAUGUAAAAAAAAAAUGGCUAAUGGGAAAGUAAUUUGCUGUUAACUCGAGUCCGUCCCUUGAUUCACUUGCAUCAUUUUUAUGCCGACGAGAGUCAGCAUAGCGGUACUCAGAUUUGGUAUGCUAACUCGUCUUGCGUACUUCGCGCUCAUUUGAUGCCAGUUAUUGCCGAAUUCACUUUUGAAAGUCAACUUUUUCUGUAGGUGUUAACUUCAUGUUUAUCAUACUCCCGACUGUGUACAACCAUAUUGCAUGCGAUAGCGUUUUACGAGAGUACAACAUGUAAGCGGCGCAAUGUUUCGAGGAGAACAUCCACGCGUAUGACAUCAUAACCUUGUGAUAGUUUCGCGCCGGCAAAUCUCCGUCCUCGGCAGCCGUCUUAUCUGUCUCGUCAACAUAUAUCAGGACCAAAGUGAGAGGAAGGCCCGCGAAGAUAAGUGUGAACAGUCAGCAAGGUUGCGCAACGUCGCGGUGUUUUUGCCAGCGUGCGCGUAGCGUGUUUUCACGCGUUAUCUUAUCUUGGGGGAAACAAACGCGUAUUUAAUGUGCUUUUCCCUCAACUAUUGUUGUUCAAGAUGAACUGAAAACCCUCAGAAAGACAUUUGUUUUUUACGUUAUCACUUUACAUCGUCACACCGGCGCGGAUAACAGUUGAAUGACGUAGAGAGUCCUUGAGUCGAAUUAUCGCAAUGUGGAGAGUCUGUGUACUGGCCAAGUCCAAACUACAACACCGAGUUGAUUGAAAUUAAAAAAAAAAAAAAAAAAUGCCACAUUUCUUUAAAAAAAAAAAAAAAGUUUAUUCAGUAGAAUCAGUAUUUUAAUCAGGUGAUUUUUUUUUUUGUGGACCUAGAAGCUGACCGUACGACAUAAUAUUCCUUGCCAACCAUUGCUCAGA